ACAAGUGGUUCAGAAUAACAAGUUGCAGCGAAGGAAGCCAAGUAGUUUUCGCCUUCGUCUGUUUGACAAAAGCCAAGAACAACAAGCUAAAAUCAAAGCUGAGCGUUUUUUCUUUCUUUUUUUGUGGGAUUGUUUGUUAAGAUAACGACAGUCCCGUCGCGCUUGAGGCUACUUAGUUGACCCGGUGCUCCCGCGCAAAGUGCGGGAACACCAGGUGGACUUUUACGCGUCGUUUUUGAAUUGUCCUUUCCGACAUGUACAGCAUGAUGGAACACGAGUUGAAGCCCGGAGGCGGGCAGCCGUUGCACCACGCGGCGCAAGGGAUGUCACCCGCCCCGCCGGGCAGCAUGACGCCCGGCAACGGCGUGGCGCACCCGGGCUCCAAAACCGGCCUAACCGGUGCAGGAGGAGGCGACCCCAUGGAUAAGGUGAAGCGACCUAUGAACGCCUUCAUGGUGUGGUCGCGCGGUCAAAGGCGCAAGAUGGCUCAGGAGAACCCCAAAAUGCACAACUCGGAGAUCAGCAAGCGGCUGGGGGCCGAGUGGAAGCUGCUGAGCGACGCCGAGAAGCGACCCUUCAUCGACGAGGCCAAGAGGCUGCGCGCGGUGCAUAUGAAGGAGUACCCGGACUACAAGUACAAGCCACGCCGCAAGAGCAAGCCCGUGCUCAAGAAGGACGCGCAGGUGGCCAAAUACCCGCUGGCCGCCGCGGGGAACCUGCUGCAGGUGGCGGCGCAGGGUCAAAACGCCAGCCCCAGGAUGGAGAGCUACGGGUGGGGACCCGCGGGAGGCUACGCCGGCAUGCAGGGCGACGCGCUGGGCUACACGCAGCAGUUGCACCGCUACGACCUGUCGGCCCUCCAGUAUCCACCCGCCAUGGCUGCGGCGCAGACCUACAUGAACGGAAACAACUCCUACAGCCCGAUGUCGUACAGCGGCAGCCCCCAGCAGCCCAGCCCGGUCCCCAUGUCCAUGGUGAAAGCGGAAUCCGUGUCCCACUCGCCCCCGACGCCCACCCACCACCGAGGGCCCCUGCAGGGGGACCUGCGCGACAUGAUCAGCAUGUACAUCCCUGGGGGCGGCGAUGCCGGCGGUGGCGGCGGCGACCCAGCGGCAGCCGCCAGGGGCUAUGGGGGCGUCCAGCAGCACUACCUCGCCGGCACCGUCCCCCUAACGCACAUCUAGAGACAAUUCAUUUAGGCUUUUUAAGGGAGCAACAAAAAAAAAAAAUCUAGACAACGUGACGUCAAGAGCGGACACCUGUUUUCUCAACUAGUUUUAAUAUGUCAAGACAACGUCUCAAGCUAACUUUGAAAAACAUCACCUCAUGAAUUUACAUUUUUCAUCGCCAACAGGUGGCAGGUUGAGUGUGUCUGCUGCCAUCUAGCGGAAGAUAAAUUGUGUAUGUAUAAACUAUACAGCGGUGAUCCCCACCUUUCUUUUGUGCACCAUUAUUUCCAUGGACAUUUUGCUUGAGUUAAAUCAGACUGCUUCUUAGGACUAAUCUUUGGGUAAGAAAUCCAAAAGUCAUCGCGGUUUUCCUUUAACACAUCAAGUAUUUCCAACUAUCAUUUUCCGGAUCCAUUUUAACUCGAUAAAGGAAUCAAAGUUCCUUUAAAAAGUGUCUGUAUUUACAUUGACCGUACAUAACUUUGACAUAUUACCCUUACAACACUUAAACUAAGGAAAUACAUCAACAAACUUAAUACCAACAUAUCAAACUUUUACAGAGAAGCAAUCUGCUAUACAUUAGAAUUAUAUAGCAUAUAAACCAGCGGGAUUUUGCUAUGCCAAAUAUUAGCCAAUUGUUUAAACUAGCAGGCUAACUUGCAAAGCAAAAGUCAGCUAGCUUAACUGCGAUAUUUAUGCUAAUGUUUACCAGAUGUUUGUUUUUUGGUGCGCAACAGAAACUAUCUGGUAAACAUUAGCAUUAUAUAGCAUUUAAACCAGUGGGAUUUUGCUAUGCCAAUUAUUAGCCAAUUGUUUUAAACAUUACCAUUAUAUAGAAUUUAAGUUACAUACCUAAAUGCUAUACUUAGCCAAUUGUUUUAAACAUCAGCAUUAAACUGGCAUACUUGCAUAUCAACAGUCCACUAGCUUAA